AUGAUCCGCCUCAUCCUUACGGCAACAGCGAUAAUAACCAGCUCGUCGGCAAUCUACUUCUACAUCUUCCACGAACGCCUAUCAAAACGCAUAGCGCACAAGUCCCACCUUGGAACCCUCACCGCAUCCACAAAACCAAGUAUAGAGUCAAUCCCGGAAACCGUCUUUAGCGAUGAGUACUUCACAAUCUACGACCACGCCUCAGAGUCAGUGCCGCGGGCCUGCCUCCCCAGCAGUGAGGCCACAGACCUGCUCUUUAAAAGACUAGUGCGCCGCAAUAUGACCGCUUUCUCGCGGUUCCCGCAGGCGCUCAUGCUUGCUAUGGCUAGCAAGAAGCCGGAACAGAAGCAGAGUUUUAAGACGGGAUAUCUUGCCGCGCUGGACUUUGAGGUCGGGGAUUUGGUUUGUGGGGUUUAUCGUGUUGUGGUACGGAGGAGGGACCGGGUUGAGUUUGAGAUUAAGAUGGAGACGGUGGAUUUUGUGGAAGGAAGGUUGGCGAUUAGUUAUGAGGAAAGUAGUAGUCUGGAGGAGGAAGGGACGGUUGUGUUUUGUAGUGAGACUGUUAUGUGGAGGAGAGCAGAUGAGGGUAGGAGGAUGCCGUUGGAGAAGCCUGUUUUGAGAUGGAUGCAUGAGACUGCUUCUUGGUGGCUGAUGGACUCUGGAGUUAGAUAUUUGGCGGAUUUGGAGGGCUGA